AUGUCGUCUCCGGCACGUCGUCGCUCGACGCGAAGCUCGCAGGCAGGCACUCCUCGAGCCAUCAGAGCAACAACUGCAACAGCAGCAGCAGCAGCAGCUCCGGUGGCAUCGAGCCCGCUCUUUUACCAAUCGUCAUCACCGGCGGCUGAGGAGGCGCCGAUGGCACCGUCAUCGCCUCUGCGGCAGAUGAGCAACACGCAGAGCACGAUCCCCAUCCCACCAAGUUCACCGCUGCGGCAGAUGAGCGACACACAGAGCGUCUCAGCAGGCGAGCGAACACCGCGGGCGAGUGCUUUUCUGGGCGUUGGCGGGUCGUCUCCAAUCCGGUACGAUCCGAGCUCGAGUCCGGGACGAAACCUGCUGCAGUCGGAUCUGCGCAGCGAGAGCAGCGGACUCUUUGUCGAGCAGCGGUCGGGAUCGGCCGGGCCUGGACGCUCGCGGCGGGGCGACAUCCAUUCGGACGCGCUGUCUCGCACGCCGCGGGGUCCGCCUCGCCGCAUCAUGCUGGACGACGCCGGGCGGGUGAUGAGCGAGGCGGCGACGCCCGGGUCCGAGGCCGGCUCGUUUGCGGCUCACGGAUUGGACACGUCAGAAGCACAGGCACUGGGCGGCCACAGCCAGAGCCUGAUUUGGGGCACGACAGUGUCGAUUGACGACACGUUUGCGUCGUUCAAGGACUUUCUACGCAACUUUACACGCAAGUACCGGCUCUGGCUGGACGGCAUGAGCGAAGCCGAAACGGCUGGCCGGGCUGACGCCGAGUCGCGACCGUACUGGGAGACGAUGCAAAACAUGCUGCUGCUGGGAACAACGCGGCUCUACGUCGACAUCCGCGACCUCAAGGCGUACCCGCGCACGAACAAGCUGUGGUACCAGGCACAGGCAUACCCGCAGGAAAUCGUGCCGAUCAUGGACCAGUCGGUGCACGAUCUGAUGUCGGAACUGGCUCACGGCGAGGCCAACCGGCAGAAGGCAGCAGCAGCAGCGGCAGCGUCGGCCUCUUCGUCGCAGACAUCGCAGUCCAGGGCGGCAGCUGCGGGCAGUCAGAGCUCGGACGUCCACUUUCCCAGCUCGGAGCGUGGCUCAGAGCCGCCGGAGACGCCUCGGCCAUCGCAGAAUGGAGGAGCAGCGGCAGCAGCAGCAGCAGCAGCAUCGACACUGGAAGAUGACGUUAGCAAGACGGUGUACAUUGUGCGGCCGUUUGGGCUAGACACGUCGACGAACCUGCGGGAGCUGAACCCGUCAGACAUGGACCGACUGAUCGCGGUGAAGGGGCUGGUGAUCCGGACGACGCCGGUGAUCCCAGACAUGAAGGACGCCUUUUUCAAAUGCCAGGCAUGCAAUCACUCGGUGACGGUGAGCUUGGACCGAGGCAAGAUCCGCGAACCGACACGGUGUCCACGGCCGACGUGCGGGACAAGCAACUCGAUGCAGAUCGUGCACAACCGGUGCAUCUUCGAGGACAAGCAGGUGAUCAAGCUGCAAGAGACGCCGGAUGCCGUGCCGGCCGGCCAGACGCCGCACUCGGUGUCGGUGUGCGUGUACAACGAGCUGGUGGACUUUUGCAAGGCCGGUGACCGGGUACUAAUCACCGGCAUAUUCCGGGUCAAUCCGGUGCGCGUGAACCCGCGGCAGCGUACGGUGAUGAGCGUGCACAAGACGUACGUAGACGUGCUGCACAUCCAGAAGGUGGACGCGCGGCGGCUGGGUGCCGACCCAUCGACGCUGGACGGCGAGGCCGGCGGUCAAGAGAGCAACGGCCAGGAUGUCGAUGCGGCAGCAGCAGCAGCAACGGGCGGUGAAGCCGGAAUGGCCAACCGCAUGGAGGAGACGCGGUCGUGGACGGCCGAGGAAGAAGCGCAGAUCCGGGCGACGGCAGGACGGGCGGACCUCUACGACCUUCUGGCACGUUCGCUGGCCCCAUCGAUCUACGAGCUGGACGACGUCAAGAAGGGGAUCCUGCUGCAGCUGUUUGGCGGCACCAACAAGACGUUCCAAAAGGGCGGCAGUCCGCGAUACCGCGGCGACAUCAACGUGCUGCUGUGCGGCGACCCGUCGACAGCCAAGUCGCAGAUGCUCAGCUACGUGCACAAGAUCGCGCCACGCGGCGUCUACACGAGCGGCAAAGGGUCGUCGGCGGUGGGUUUGACGGCGUAUGUGUCACGUGACCCGGAGACGAGACAGCUCGUAUUGGAGUCAGACCUGCCGGUGCCGCAGAACAUUGACCUGCCGCCGACGCUGCUGUCGCGGUUUGACCUGGUGUACCUGAUCCUGGACCGUGCCGACGACAAGGCCGACCGUCGGCUGGCUCGCCAUCUGUUGUCAAUGUACCUCGAGGACAAGCCGCAGUCGGCCCGAUCGGCCAGCGAGCUGCUGCCUGUCGAGUUUCUGACCUCGUACAUCUCCUUUGCGCGCGCCCACGUGCAUCCGGUGCUCUCGGCCGAGGCAGGCUCUGCUCUGGUCGAGGCCUACGUCGAGAUGCGCCGUCUCGGCCAGGACGUGCGCGCAGCCGAAAAGCGCAUCACUGCCACCACGCGCCAGCUCGAGAGCAUGGUUCGUCUCGCCGAGGCCCACGCCAAGAUGCGUCUCGCCACCACCGUCACUGCUGCCGAUGUCCGCGAGGCCCAUCGCCUCAUCCAGUCCGCCCUCAAGACCGCCGCUACCGACGCCCAGGGCCGCAUCGACAUGUCCUUGCUGACAGAAGGCACCAGCGCUGCCGAGCGAAAGCGCCGCGCUGAUUUGCGCGUCGCCGUCGUCCGCCUGCUCGACGAGCAUCAGCAGGGCCAGGGCGCCGGUCCUGGUGCUGGCCCGCUCACUAUGCGCUAUGCAGAUCUCGCCCGUCGUCUGGCGGAGACCGCAUCCGUGCCGGUCGAGCCGUCUGACCUGGCCGAGUGCGUGCGCAGUCUCGAGAUGGACGGAUCCGUCUCCGUCAGCGGCGAGGGCGCCCGUCGGACCAUUCGGCGGCUGAACCGGGUCGGAUAG